GCUUGCAACCGCCCUUAAACGAUAAAGAAGAGGAGGAAGAAGAAGUUAGCUGACGUUGCUGCAUUUUGAAGCAGUGAAAGAAUCAGAUCGUCGUCUUUAUCCAGAAGAAGACUUGAAAUUUAACGCGAGGCGACAUUUGACGACUGGACAAUAGGAUGAGAAGGCGAAUCGAGUUUGGUUUGGGGCUGCUUUGCUCGCUAGUUUGGCAUUUGUGUCCGUGCUCGGCGUUCUAUCUUCCGGGUUUAGCCCCUGUUAGUUUUUGUGAAGAAGGCAAAGGUGGAGAAGAUUGCCAGACCGAGAUACAGCUGUUUGUCAAUCGCUUGGAUUCUGUGGAGUCAGUCUUGCCUUAUGAAUAUGACGUGUUUGACUUUUGCAAGGAUGCAAAGGAAAUGAGACCUUCUGAGAAUCUUGGACAGGUGUUGUUUGGAGAACGCAUCGAGUCCUCGCGGUACAAGUUCAACUUCAAACAAGAUGUCAAGUGCAAGUCUGUGUGCACAAAGACCUACAAGAAGGACAGCCAAGACGACACAACCAAGCUGGAUUUCCUUAAGAUGGGAAUGCAGCUCAACUACCAGCACCACUGGAUUGUAGACAACAUGCCCGUCACAUGGUGCUAUGAUGUGGAAAAUAAUCAGAAAUACUGCAACCCGGGCUUCCCUAUUGGCUGCCUGGUUACUGCUGAAGGCAGACCUAAGGAUGCUUGUGUCAUUAAUGCCGAGUUCAAAACCGGGAACACAUUUUACGUGUUCAACCACGUAGACAUCAAGAUCACUUACCACAGCGGAGAGGCCGAUGGAUGGAGAGGAGCUCGGCUGGUUGCUGCCACCCUGGAGCCCAGGAGCAUCAAACACCCAGAUGAGAAGAACCCAAAUUGUGACGGUGUCACCCCGAUGGAGGUACCCGGCCAGUUUGACAGCGAUGUCUCCAUUGUUUACAGCUACUCUGUGACUUUUGAGGAAAACAAUAAAAUCAAGUGGGCUUCCCGGUGGGACUACAUCCUGGUCUCCAUGCCCCACACAAACAUUCAGUGGUUUAGCAUCAUGAACUCCUUGGUCAUCGUCCUCUUCUUGUCCGGCAUGGUUGCUAUGAUCAUGCUGAGAACGCUGCACAAGGACAUCGCCAGAUACAACCAGGUGGACCAGGCAGACGUGAUAAAGGUUCCUCCGACCAUGCUGAAAUCCUCUCCCAUUUAUGAAGACGCCCAGGAGGAGUCGGGGUGGAAGCAGGUGCAUGGGGAUGUGUUCCGGCCACCCAGGAAAGGCAUGCUGCUCUCCAUAUUCCUGGGACAGGGAACACAGAUCUUCAUCAUGACCUUCAUCACUCUUUUCCUGGCCUGCCUGGGCUUCUUGUCCCCAGCCAACAGAGGUGCCCUGAUGACGUGCGCCGUGGUCCUGUGGGUCUUGCUGGGCACCCCCGCUGGCUAUGUGUCGGCGCGCCUUUACAAAACUUUUGGAGGUGAAAAGUGGAAGACAAAUGUCCUGUUGACAGCGCUGUUGUGCCCGGGUAUUGUGUUUGCAGACUUCUUCCUGAUGAACCUGAUCCUUUGGGUGGAAGGGUCUUCGGCAGCCAUCCCCUUCGGGACCCUGGUGGCAAUCCUGGCACUGUGGUUUGGAAUUUCCGUGCCGCUCACCUUCAUUGGUGCCUACUUUGGAUUCAAGAAGGCUGCAAUCGAGCAGCCGGUGAGAACAAAUCAAAUCCCUCGUCAAAUUCCUGAGCAAUCGUUCUUCACCAAGCCCAUCCCUGGAAUAGUCAUGGGCGGCAUCCUGCCCUUUGGAUGCAUCUUCAUUCAGCUUUUCUUCAUCCUCAACAGCAUUUGGUCCCACCAGAUGUACUACAUGUUUGGCUUCCUGUUCCUGGUUUUCAUCAUUCUCCUCAUCACAUGCUCGGAGGCCACCAUUCUGCUCUGCUACUUCCACCUAUGUGCUGAGGACUAUCACUGGUGGUGGCGUUCCUUCCUGACCAGCGGCUUCACUGCGGUCUACCUCUUCAUAUACGCUGUGCAUUAUUUCUUCUCCAAGCUGCAAAUCAUUGGAGCGGCCAGCACCUUCCUCUACUUCGGAUACACCAUGAUCAUGGUCCUCAUCUUCUUCCUCUUCACAGGUACAAUUGGCUUCUUUGCGUGCUUCUGGUUUGUAAAUAAGAUCUACAGCGUGGUCAAGGUGGACUAGAGGACGAGUGGAGCGAGAGAGAGACUUGAAUCGCAGCUGUGAGAGUGCCGCCCCUGCUUGGAGGCGUCGGCAUAACAGCAAUGUGUUUUGAAGGACCAGAGCUGAGACAUCAUUAAAUCACAAGACCCGAAGAGUCGAGCCCGUCCUCUUUUUGUGCUUUAAACCUCUGUUGCUCUUUUUUUUUUUUUUUUUUUUCUUUUUGAGCUGAUCAUCUUCUUGUCAUAGUGAACAGAUUGUUUGUUUGGUGGGGUUAAAGUUUGUUUUUUUUGGAAAGAUGUCUAUUUAGAUUUUCUAUUCCAUGACAUGUCAAAUGUUUUGGGCUUUUCUUUGUGUUGUAUGUACUGUAAAGAUGGGAAAGUACUUGUACAUAUGUUGUAUAGAUGCAAAGAAGGCUUGUUUUAGGUAAAAAACUGGGCUUUAUAUCAGCGUGUAUUGUAGUGGAGACAUAAACACUGACAUUGUUGCUUUUUCCUUUUCUAUUUCAUCAUUCAAUCCAGUGGGAGGGGGUGUUUCCAGAUUGACUGCUGCUUAUUAUUGCAUUCGUUUGCAACACUGAGUGGCAGCUCGUCACUCAAUCUCUGAUGUUUUGCAAAUAUACCCAAUGAAUAAUAUGAAUGUAUAUGAUGAACAUUUCUACACUAUGUGAUUCUUCCUUGUUGGCAAGUGGUGUCAUUUUGUCAUCACAAGCUAGUGCGGGCGUGUCCAAGUGUAGCUUUAUUAUUAUUACUGCUAUUGUUAUAUUGUGAAUUAUCAAUAAUCACAACUAUAUGCUUUGUUCCCUGUAGUGCUAUUUAAAUUUGUUGAACCGCUUGGCAUAUUUUGGCUUCCACUAAUGGAGUUGAAAAGAGUGACCCUUGGACACGCCUCAUCUAGCGUCUUAUUUCUGACUGUCCUGCAUAUCCAAAAAGCAAAACAGUGCCUCAAGGAUUUUUUUUUUUAAUCAACAUUUGUUAAGUAUAAAAGUACAUAUAACAUGUAACCAUAAAUAGAAAUCACACUCAAGAAGACUUUUUUUUGGGGGGGGGGGGGGAAUAAUAACCAAAAAAUUACAAAAAAAAGUUGAAAAUCACCUUUAAAGCAAAGAAGUGUGUGAUGAUGCUGUUCCAAUUUAGCAACACUACAAUGGAAUUGUCUAGAAUAAGCAGCUCAUAAUGUUAGCAGGUGUCACCAAGCACAACACUUGUGGGAAACCUCAGUAGCAAGUUCGUACAAAGAUGCAAUAAUGCCUUGCCUAAUGACAUGGGCCAGAUAUUCAAAACUUUGGGAUGAUGUAGCCGUAAAACCCCUGAAUGUUCCACAAUUGUGAUAGGACCUCUGGUGCACUUGAAAUAAGUUCGUUUUACCUUGGACUGCAUGACCUUGCUGUGAUGUGCACUAAAAAGACAUUUCGGUUUCCAAGUUGACCUGUGGCAAAAUCAUCUGGAAUCUUGCACAUCAUGAAAUAAAUAUAAGUAAUCCAUUUGAA